ACCAAAAGAGGUAAAAUAGAAUGUUCCAUGAAUACUUUCCUUGUAAGUUCUUACGUAUUAUUUGAACAGUUUCUUGUGAAAGUAGAAAAAUACAUACUUUUAAUAUUUAUACAGCAUUUUAAACUGUAUUAAAAUUCAAACUCGAAAAAGAUAAAGCUCGUGAUUGAAGCCUGAGGAAGUUUACUGAGCUGAGUGUAUGUGGAGAUUUUAAUCAUGUAAUCAGUGGAAAGUUACCAAAAACUCUGAUGCAGAUAAAAGCUACAUAAGAAUGAGUGAAAACAGACAUGCAUAAUUUUUCAGUAUUAUUUUUUUUAAACUUAAAAUAUCAACUUUUAGCCUUGUGUAUGACUUCGUUUUCACUUUUUCUUUUUGCGCUUGCAUUCUUUCUAAUCAGUGUUCUAUGGAAAAAGUUUAGUCUUGAAAAGACACCCAAGAAAUCUAUACCAACUCUAAAAUGUUCAAACGUGUUAUUUUUCUAUUGUAUGUUGGCAAGUGGAAUCAGAAUACUUCAUUACGGUUUCACUUAUGUUUUAUGCAUUAUACUCAAUGUUGCAUGUGGAAUGUGCGUCCUAUUUGAAAAAGAACGAAUUUUUCACGCCACUGUUGCUUUGAAGACUUUUGUGGUUUUCUUCAAACCGGAAACUGUUGAGGUUGUAUUAAGUAGUAAUGUUACUAUUGACAAAUCCAACGAAUAUGACCUUCUGCACCCAUGGCUUGGAACUGGUCUUCUUACCAGCACUGGCAAAAAGUGGCGUUAUAGAAGAAAACUAUUGACACCGACUUUUCACUUUCGAAUAUUAGAAGAUUUUGUGCCUGUAUUUUUCAAUCAAUCGCAUACUCUUGUGUCACGUCUUCGUAAACUUGAGAAAGAUUCAUGGACUGAUAUUGUUCCUCUAAUUACUUCUUGUACUCUAGAUAUUAUUUGGGAGACAGCUAUGGGCGUAAGAAUAAAUGUGCAAUCGGGUGGAUGCAAAGAGUACGUUCAAGCAAUUCAUGAAAUCGGGGAUAUAUUUUUAUUCCGGAUCCUGAGGCCUUGGCUUUACCCAGAUUUCAUUUUUAAAAUUACACCAUCUGGUAGACAGUUUUUCAAGAAUGUUGACGUUAUUCAUCGCUUUACUAGAAAAGUUAUAAGAGAAAAGAAAUCUGAAAUGGUAGAAAAUAAUCAACUAUUAAAACACUUGGAUGUGAUUGCCAAUGACAGUCCUUCAAAUACAAAGUGCCGCAAAGCUUUUCUGGAAUUACUGUUAGAGCAUCACAUUAAAGAUCCAUCAUUUACUGAAGAAGACAUUAGAGAGGAAGUAGACACUUUUAUGUUUGAAGGUCAUGAUACAACAGCUAUGGCCAUUUCUUGGGCAUUAUAUUUCGUUGGAUUAGAUAAACACGUACAAGAAAAAAUACACGAAGAAUUGGAUGGAAUAUUUGAAGGUGAUAAUGAAAGAGAUAUUGAUCGUGAUGACUUGAUGCGUAUGAAGUACUUGGAAUGUGUCAUUAAGGAGACUCUUAGAUUACAUCCUUCAGUGCCUUUCAUAGGUAGAGAAGUUAGAGAAAGCUUCAAAGUGUUGGACUACGAAGUCGAAAAAGGGAGCGUUUGCUUUAUAUUUCCAUUUAUGCUUCAUAGAGAUCCCGAAUCAUUCCCUGAUCCAGAAAAGUUCGACCCCAAAAGAUUUUUUCCCGAAAACAUAACUGGAAGACAUCCAUAUGCCUAUGUGCCUUUCUCAGCUGGGCCAAGGAACUGUAUAGGUCAAAAAUUUGCUUUAAUGGAAGAAAAGACUGUGCUCGCAAAUAUAUUCCGGAAUUUUGAAAUAACAUCUAAAGAUCCCAGAGAUAAAGUUAAUGUUUCUCCUAGCCUCGUUUCCAGAAACCUUGAACCGCUCAUGCUACGAUUCACACAUAGAAAUACAAGAUGAAUUUCAAAUAAGACAACUAUUACUGAAGGGUACUCUAAAAUAGCUACAAAAUGUCUCUUAUCAGGUGUAAAACGAAUUUAAGAUAGUACUGAUGUACUUUGUAAAGACAAAAUGCAAGAGAGAAACAUUUUGCGAAUAUUUGACUUUCACCCUAAAAAGGAAAGAAAGAAAAAAACAAUGAAAAAGGGUCUUGUGUAAUCCUAAGUUCAUCUAUUGCGAAUAUAAAAAAUUACAAAUAAUAUUAUUCUA